AGACAGCCGUCCAGGAGAGACAUCAAGGUCGAUAUGGGCGGUCAACAGUUGGGACGACUCGAGCGCACCUUUCAGGCGAGUUUGACUAACAAUAGACUGAAGGAAUGGUCUACAAGGAAGACCACGCUCAAGCAGAGAUUGGAGGCCAGAAAAGCGCAGACUCGGGAA